GGUAUCUUUGCCAAUCGUGAGCUGGACACUACUGUUCGAUGGAUGGCCAUCACAUACCUCAAGAAUGGAGUCCAACAGUUCUGGAGAAGAGGAGCUCCAUUUGGUAUUGCUAACAAGGAAAGGCCGUUCAUAAAGUCAGCUAUAGUGCAGUGCUUCGAGGAACCAGUGUCACAGGUAGCCAAUCAGAUUGCAGAGCUGACGGCAAGAAUAGCUCGUAUAGACUGCCCUGAUGACUGGCCUGAACUACUGCCAAUACUAACAGAGGGGGUGAGGAGCUCAUCUGAAUUCACUCGCAAAUGUUACCUUCACAUCUUCAAAGUGGUCAUAAAGACCCUUGCUGGCAGACGCCUCAUGAAUCAGAGGAAGGUCUUCCAAGAGCUCACAACAAGUGUAUUUGUGUAUAUUGUCGGGCUAUGGAACACCCACUUACAAGGGGGCGUGGCCAUGCUCUCGGAAGGAAAUAUCGAGUCAGCGGUUUCAACUCUCCAGCUGGCAAAAGUGUGUCUUAAAAUUCUUCGUCACAUGAUUGUGCAUGGGAUGGUCAAGUUCCAUGCUAUAAUAGAAGCACUGCAAUUUGUGAGCACUCUGAUUGAGAGGAUUCCAGCAUUGCUACAAUUAAGGAGCCAGUUACCAGAGGACCACCCUGCUAGAGAGAUUGUUGAGAAAAACAUUCAACUCAAAAUGAAGAUUCUGCAGGAGGUUCAGGCUCACCAGAGUCUCGGCUACUCUCAGUUUGUUGGUCCCUCUCUCGAGCUCAUCCGGACACUCAUGUUCACACCCGAGAAUGAAGAUAAGCUCUUUGAGAAAUUGGCCAUUUCUUGUCUAAAUUUUCUUCGAGUGAUUAUCAAAUGUGAAGACUACAACCCUCCAAAGGCUGAGCUAUCACAGUCUGUGCUACCCCCUGGUGUGAUGGAGGCGCACCGCGCCAAGCUCUCGUUCUUCAAGGCGAGUGUGUGUGAGGCCAUGUUGGAGAGGCUGGUCGGUCAUUACUUGCUCCUCUCUGAAGAAGAGCUAGAGAACUGGAACACCAAUACGGAAGAGUUCUUUCAAGAGAAAGUCGGUGAAACUCAUCAGUACUCAUUCAGGGAGUGUGCCGAGAAUGCUGUGAUUGCCAUGGUGUACGAGUUCCAGCCCACGCUGGCCCCUGCUCUGAUUGCCAUGAUACAAGCUGUACAGGCAACAAAUCAUUCGGCAGGUUUUCAAGCUAUCAGGCUCAAGGAAGCGGUGUACAAGGCAGCUGGACUGUGUGCCUUCCAACUUUACGACGACCUCAACUUUGAUGAGUGGUACCAAAGCCAGCUGCUGCAAGAACUCACUGUACUCAACCCAGAGUACAAGAUCGUGAGACAUCGUGUUGUGUGGGUCAUUGGGUCCUGGGUGACUGUCAAACUAUCCAGCGAGUUCCGGCCGUCAGUCUACAGCAUCAUGGUCCCUUUACUGGCACGGAAUGAGGAUCUGGCAACUCGACUGGCAGCUGCUGAGGUGAUUCGAACGUGUGCUGACGACUUUGACUUCACAGUGGAGGACUUCUCUCCUUUUCUCUCGGACGCCAUGUCCGCCCUCUUCCAGCUGUUACUAGACGUACAAACUCCCGACACCAAAAUGAAGGUUUUGAAUACUCUCUCCCUCCUUCUGGAGCGAAUGGGUGUGGCCAUUCAACCACACCUCUCGUCCCUCCUGCAAUACCUCCCACAGCUGUGGGUGGAGUCAGCUGACGCGAGCUCGUCCAUGCUGCGAUGUAUCAUACUCACAACACUCAACAACAUUGUCAAGGGCCUGGGUCCGCUGUCAGUCAAUCUCCACAGUUUCGUGAUACCAGUGCUCCAACUAGCCACCGAUGUGAAGGAGCCUGAGCAUGUGUACUUGGCCGAAGAUGGUCUAACUCUGUGGCUAACUACCGUCCACAACUCUCCCUCUCCAUCUCCGGACCUCCUUCAUCUCCUUGGCAACAUGGUUGGCCUACUGGGCGUCAGCUCUGUGUCGGAUGAGUCAAGUUCCUCCCUAGCUGGCCUCAUGGACAUUGGUUCUGACAGUUUAGGGGACUGCUUCAAGAUCAUGAACGCCUACGUUGUGUUGUGUGCUUCUGAACCAGACCAGUUCAUGCAAUCGUGUGCAGAGAUCAUAGUGGCGGGUUGUCGUUACUACCUGUGUGACGUGAAACCAGAGGGGGUGGUCUCCAUCACAAAGGUCAUCUCUCAAAUGGCGCGUGUGUUCCCCAAACAUAUGGCGCAGCUGGUGCAGCCUCUACUACCAAUGGUGCUGAGGAAACUCAUGGACGAAGAUGACUACCCACCCACCACCUCUGUGUUCCUCGAUCUGAUUGGUCGCGUUCUCAUUUCUGACGCUGCCUUCUUCUUCUCGUUCUUGGAGAGGAUGGCAGCUGAGUCACAACAAACUGCUACGCACUUGUUCGGCCUCCUGGUAGACGUAUGGUCCGACAGACUCGACUCAGUAAACAAUGUCAAGUGCCGCAAACUGACCGGACUGGCCAUUGCCAACCUAUUUCCCAUUGCUGACCCGUGUGUGACGAGUCGCUAUGGCGCUGUGGUCAACAUGUGUGUGGAGGUGCUGCACGAUGUCAUGGACCAGGCCGAGAGUGGAGAACAGAUCGAUACUCUGCUGGGGGGAAGUGAUGACACCACUGAUAAGGACCAACCAUUAGAGACGGAACAUGACAAACGAGAGAAACAGCUGUGUCAGUUUGACCCUGUUCGGACGGUGGCCCUCAACCAACACGUCACUGCCAAGCUGGAGGAGAGUGUAGCUGUACAUGGUCACCAUGGUUACACGGCACUGAUGUCAGGGGUGGACCCUUCAGUGAGAGGGCAAUUGUUUGAGUUUGUGCCCACCCAUCUUGCCACAACAUUGCUAGCUUUGGACUCACUCUCUUAGUUAAUUGGUUUUGCAAUAACACAACAUAUAAUCAUUCUUUUAUUUUGUUAUAUACACUGUACAUGCAUAUAUAAUAUGUACAGCUUUGUUUUUUUGUUGCAAAUCAAGUGCAUGCGUGUGUUUCCUUCAUAUAUAUACUUAUUUUUGCAAAAUGCAAUCACUACCCAAUCUUCAUAAUUAUAAUUAUUUUGACGA